UCGCGUGGCCCGACGACACCGGGCUCCGCCCCCUGCCCCCGGCGCUGCUGGCUUCAGGCAGGGAACUACCUCUCCCAGCGUGCCCGGGCCGGGAGGGGCGUGGCCGCCGCUCCAUCCCGGAUCUCCCCUGGCUCGGCCGGCGGGGCGGUGCAGGCUGGGGAAGCGGGCACCAGGCGGAGCCAUGGCGGAGCUGAGAGUGUUUCCCCUGUCCUGCGUUGUGCAGAAAUAUGCCUGGGGGAAGAUUGGCCUGGACAGUGAAGUGGCCAAGCUGCUGGCUAGCAGUGAUCCACUGGCACAGAUCGAUCCAGACAAGCCAUAUGCUGAGCUCUGGAUGGGAACCCACCCCAGAGGCGAUGCUGUUAUUCUGGAUAAUCGAAUUCCCCAGAAGACCUUAGGACAGUGGAUAGGAGAUAAUCCUGGAUGCCUGGGAUCCAAGGUCAAGGAGACUUUCCAGGGCCAGUUGCCUUUCCUAUUCAAAGUGCUGUCGGUUAACACAGCCCUGUCCAUACAGGCCCAUCCCAAUAAGGAGCUGGCGGGGAAGCUUCACGCCCAGUUUCCUGAGCACUAUCCAGAUGCCAAUCACAAGCCAGAGAUGGCCAUUGCGCUGACCCCGUUCCAGGGCAUGUGUGGCUUCCGGCCCGUGGAGGAAAUUGUGGCUUUUCUGCAGAAGGUCCCCGAGUUCCGGGCGCUGAUCGGCAACGUGGCAGCGGAGCAGCUGGAGCGCAGCGUGUGCAAUGACCCCCGGGGCGUGUCUGCUGCGCUGCGGAUCUGCUUCACCAGGAUGAUGAAGAGCGAAAAGAAGGUCUUUGUGGACCAGCUGAACAUGCUGGUGAAGAGGAUUUCCCAGGAAGUUGCUGCGGGGAAGGACACCUCGGGGAGCAGCGGGAAGCUGCUGCUGCAGCUGCACUCGCAGUUCCCGGGAGACAUCGGCUGCUUUGCCAUUUACUUCCUGAACCUGGUGAUGCUGCAGCCAGGAGAGUCCAUGUUCCUGGGAGCCAACGAGCCUCAUGCCUACCUCUAUGGAGACUGCAUCGAGUGCAUGGCAUGCUCCGACAAUACCGUGCGAGCCGGCCUGACGCCCAAAUUCAUUGACGUGCUCACCCUGUGUGAAAUGCUGAACUACAACCCAGCACCCAGCAGCUCCAAGGUCUUUGCCCCCACGCAGAGCCGCUUGGAUCCCUGUGUCUACCUCUAUGACCCGCCUGUGCCAGACUUCACCGUCAUGAAAAUAGAGAUUCCCUCCGCUAUUAAGCUGUACCUCAUCUCAGCCAUCGACUCUGCCAGUAUCCUGCUGGUGAUCCAAGGCACGGCCGUGGGCACCUCCACCGCCGCCAUUUCUGAAAUGACCCUGCGCCGGGGCUCAGUGAUCUUCAUCUCCGCCAACGAGAGCGUCUCCCUGCACCUGUCCUCCCUGGAUGGAAUGCUGCUCUUCCGAGCCUGCUGCCUCCUCUAGCCUGGGACGCUUGGCACCUCCCCUGCUGUGACUCCACUUAGAAUAGAUAGAAACUGGUCCGCGCAAACUAGACUUGCGCAUGAUGGGUUAGCUUGAAACUCGCCCACAAACCACUGUGUCCAAAUCCAAAGCAGCAGGGUCCCAAUCUGUAGAAGCAGCAACUCCAACUCCCGUCCCCUGACUUGCCUCUCUCCAGCUCCCAGCAUUAAAUGACGUGCUGGGAGGAAGAGUCCAUUUCCUUCCCCCCUCCCAUUAUAUAACACUAGAGCGGCAGCUGCUCUCAUGUCUGCUCCAAGCGGAUCUGGAGAGCAGUAGGUGAGUUUCCCUAACACAGUGCGUCCUGUAGUGCCAGCAGAGCAUUACCUGCCCGGUGACAUCUCCUUUUGGGCUCAAGUGGGCCAUGGAGUUGUAGCUGGAAGGGGGUAGGGAGAGCGUGGUUGGGAUUUGUAUGGUGGUAAGAUAGCUCCGGAAGGGACUCCGACCACAACUGGAAAGCACAGUACUGCAAGGGAAUGCUGGUGAGUUCCUGCUCAGGGGAUGCUGUGCCAGCCUGCCCGGGGGGAAGCCAUAGAAUAAGAUUGUUCGGUUGUUGCAGGAAACUCUCCGUGCUUUUUCUCCUAGCUCGUCAAUUUCCAUGCCUAGCGAUGCAGUUUCAAGCCCCGUGAUCCCCUGUUCGCAGUGGAGCCCUUCCCCUUUUAGCUGGGAGGAGACUAGUCCCCAGCCAUAAGCAGAUUCCUGUGCUGUGCAGGGGAGAGAUGCUCCCAUGAACUCUGUUGAAAGGUUCCAUCUCAAGUGGCCUUGAUCAUCUUGCUGUCUUGUAUUUGAAAUAGGUGCUGGGUAUAAUGGAGAACUCAUGUGGCGCUCGCCCCAAUCUGUCCUAAGCAGUUCCUGCAUCAGAUAGGCUGACAAGUGGGAUUGAAUCUGUGGCCUGUCAAAGUCUCCUCUGUGCCUGCCACAUGCUAGCAUUAUUGACUCACUUUCAUGAACAGCAAGUGCAUCCGCAAACCCAUCAGCCAGCAAACCCUCUCUCCCAUGUGCCCACUUUACUGAGGCCCCUGAUCCUUGGCCUAAAGCCUUAGUUUGGAGAUGGGUAUUAGACACUCCACAGCUGCUCUUCCAAAGGCUGCAGCACCUGACCCAUCCAGUUGUUUCUGGGGAUGAUAGUUAUUCCAUUGUGUGCACGUGCAAAUUACCCAUUUCUCCUAGGGGUAGAGUGUGGAGGAGAGUCAGGGGUGGAGUAAGGCUUAUAGAGAGCCCAAAGUGACCAAAUGUGCUUUUGGCAAUUAAAGGGAAAGGGUGUGUGUGUGGGGAGGGGGCACAACGCUAAGCUGUGCUGGAUCAGCCAGACUCUUCAUGCAGGCCUUCCUCUACCACUGCCAACAGAAUUGCCUUGGGCUUAAACUUCCUAUCUUCAUAACAACAAAUGAAGUGGGGGCUGUGAGAAUUCCCCUCCCUCCCUCCCCCUGUAAAUUCUGCCACAGCAAGGCACAUUCCCUAAAGCAAGAUGGGGGGGGCAAACUGUGCACUUUUAAGACUGGUAAGGGGCUAUCCUGCUCUGAAGCAGGCAUCUCUGAGAAUAGUUGGAUGCAGAAGCUGUGGUGGUGAGGAAUUAGAGUAAUGGUCAGCAUCAGAGCUCCUGAGUUUUAUUCCUGCUUCUGCCUCACUGUAGGAUUGUCAGCAAGUCACUUAACUUCUGUACCUCCAUUCCUUUACCUGCAAAAUGAGAAUAACUGAUCUACCUCACAGGAGUGUUGAGGCUGCAUGGAUGAAUGUUUGAAGUGCUUGGAACUCCUUGGCUGAAAUGUGCUAUGAUGUUAUCCUUGCCCUUCGCUGGGGCAUGAGGAAACGGUCUUAGCUGGAACUGUGUUCAGAUUGCUGGAGCUAGUGCUGAAGGGGGAAGCUUAAAGGGGGGUUAGUUCAGUUUGCUGGACCCAGUGCUGAAGGGGGAAGCUCAAAGGGGGGUUAGUUCAGUUUGCUGGACCCAACAGGUUGCUCUUGCUAGAUUUCAUUCUGUUGGUUAGCCAUGACUCCCAUGUUCAUAUGCUAGUGCUAUCAGUUAUAUAGGGCCAGGCUUUCUACAGCCCAGUACUCUGUCCUGGCAAGAUUGUGACACUACCAAAGCCUGGUGCUAUUUCAGUGUGCCUACAGCUAUAGAUAUUGGCUGGAUGUUAGACUAUAACAGGAGAGGUCAUCCCUCCAGGGAGUGGUUGGCUUAAGCUUCCAGAUAGCAGUUGCUGGCAUUUUUGGUGGGAAGUGACCUGGUUGCAUCAUUCCACAAGAGAAGAGAUGUGCACCCACAGUGCUAACGUUAAGGGUAGCUUAGGUGUGGUUUGUUCACAUCUUAAUGGCAGUCCCAAUGUGUAGCCCUUAAACGGCCUUUGCUCCCAUUGUGGUGUCUAGGUCAGGCAGCACCAUAGGGCCAUCAGUAUUAAAGAAUUCACUUUAGUUUUCUAAACCCAGAAUGAUCUGCUGUGAACACACAGGCUGCAGCAGCCAGGUGUGGUGAUAAACUUCCAUUUGUGGAGUUGAUCCUUGUUCUUUCACCUGCCUGUUGCUCAUUUCAAUCUUUUAACCAUGGAGACUCAGCCAGGGCUCCGUCCCUCUUCAGUUCCUUGUUCCAUGGGGGUGUGGUUCAUCUAUCACUUAUCAGAUUAAUCUAGGUUAAGUACCUUGGGACCCAGUGAGAAUUACAUAGCAUCAAACUCCACUCCAGUAGAAUAAUCCCCCCUUUGUUUGGCUUUAAGGAAAAGCUCCUAUUUUGAUGUAAUAUUUUAGGCAAUUCCUCUGUUGAGAGGGGAACACAGUGUUGUUGUAGAAUGAAGCUGUGCUCUUAACUUGAUUCAUUCUGGAGCCCCAAGAGUUAAAUAGCUUCAGAGGGGUAGCCAUGUUAGUCUGGAUCUGUAAAAGCAGCAAAGAGUCCUGGGACACCUUAUAGAUUAACAGACAUAUCAGAGCAUGAGCUUUUACUACAUUGGAUGCAUGGAGUGGAGAGUUAAAUAGGCUCGGGGGGGGGGGGGAGAAGGAAAGCUGAGGAAAGAACUGAACCCUAGGAGGAGCUAGCCUUAGGCAUAUAACCUGUAUUUAUGAACCACUGGUGAGUGAGAUUUUUCUUCCAACACACCUGGCUGUGCUGGUUUGACUUGUCCACCAUGUGCUGCUCUAUCAAGAGCUAUAAAUCCAUUUAGCAGGGUGGCACAGGUGGGGCACCAGUGACAAAGAACCAUGCAGCAUGGUAUGUCAACAGCUAAGGUAUAUUCAUGGACUGGAAUGUUGUAACAAAGAGGAAUAAAUAAAGAGUCACUGCAGAAGACAA